AUGCGUUGCGCAAUCAUCAUGUCCCUUGCCGCCCUGGCCGUGGCCGCCCCCAUGAGCCAGAACCUCGAGGCCCGCCAGGACGACAUCGCCAGCAUCCUGGCUGCCCUUCAGGACUCGAGCCCCGAGGAUGCCGCCGCCGCUCAGGGUGCCCUGCCCGCCGCUCUCCCCGCACCUCUUGCGCGCGCCGCUGAGGAGGAGGAGCUGGACGCCGACGGAUACGAGCUCGACACCAGGGCCGCUGACGAGGAGUUCGAUGCCGAGGGAUAUGAGCUCGACACCAGGUCGGCCGAGGAGGAGCAGCUCGAUGCUGAUGGGUAUGAGCUGGACACCAGGGCAGCUGAGGAGCAAUUUGAUGCUGAGGGCUACGAGCUUGACACCCGCAAGACCAAGGACCCCCAGGAGGAGCAGGAGGAGGAGGAGGAGGUUGCUGCUGGUGAGGAAGACGCUUAA